AUGAUCGACCACGAAGGCUUCCCGGCCAUCGUCUCCUCCAUCGUCGACUACUCGCCUGAGAGCGCACUGCACGCGUGGCGCGGUACGAGCAGGUAUUACAAGCUCAAGGCGGACGCCGCACUGCUCAAGCACAUCACGCUCGACGUCCCACGCUGCAGCGCUGGACGGCGCCUCUCGGCGUCCCGUGGGCGUCCUCUACAUGUUCGCAGCUCUAGCGGACGACGGAUUCCCGGAUUGGCGUGGGAGAACCCCGACGCGUCCCCUGCUGAGCGCCAAACUUGGUCGGCCAUGCUCAAGGCGAAUGUAAAGGUCGUCGAUUACGCCGCUGAGAUUGCGUUUCCAGACGAUGACGCAAAGCUCGCAUCUGCACUGAGCGAUGUCGGACUCCUCCGCCGCCUUUUCAACGCCUUGGACAUCAUCCCGUGGCGCCUCGACUGUUGGCGCUAUGCGCUGCCUGCGAUGCGAGUCGUCGACUACGUGUGUCUCGGGACACGGCCAGUCUCUGAAAAGGCACAUGUGCAUGGUUCAGAGGAGAUGGAGGAGGAAGAAGAGAACGACGACGAAGAUGACUAUCGACAUGUCAUCCUUGACAUGCCACCCAGCGUCAAGUCAAGUGUCACAGUGAUUCGGUACGACCCGGCACACGCAGUCGAGAUGCCGUACAGGUGGCAAUUCUGGGACCGGUCAGGACACGCAUCCUUCGUGUGCGUGUUUGUGAACACGCCGUCGGGCCUGCUUGCCAGUGAGGCUCAUGUUCCACCACAGCGGCCGUGGUCGUUUGUGCGGCCCCUCAUCCGUGCCCUUCGCAGUUACGCACCAAGUACGCGCCCUGUGCUUGUGGGCAUCACCGAGAUCCCACGCCCGGCAAUCGGACUCGAGGAGGACACGAGCGACGACGACGUGCGCGCGUCAUUCCUCGAGAUCCUCAUUGCAGAGGUACUGAGCUGGGACGACGUUUUGCCUGGUCGCCUCCGCCGAAUCACAGAAUCAAUCACGUUCCUCACACACGCAGAGUACCGCCAGCGUGUGGGCGCCGAGGCGUACGAGCUCGAGGUUGGAGGCAAGGUUUUUACGCAGAGGGAAGAGCCAGACGCGCGCGAGGUGCUUCGCCAGCUCCGGAUCUAA